GUUCUAUAUAUUCACACAUCGACACCACUGUAUCAUUUUUCUUUCUACUAGUCCCUCGCAUCUCGAUUUACUCAACGAUUUUGCAAGUCACAUACAACGAUCAGACCACCUCUUAUAACAUUGGUGUGGGCACCAUGCACAUCAUAGAACGUUCAGCCAAUGAUUUCGACGCGAGGUUGAUCAUUGGGCCGGUCCAAGUCAGUGGGCUUUUGAGCGCUGCACUAUUCGGUUGUCUUUCUUGUCAGUCCUGCAUAUAUUUCGCAGGGUGCAAGAGUGAUCAUCUCGCUUUGAAAGCCGUUGUAUUUGCAGUCUUCUUCAUUCAACUGGGUCACUUUGUCUGCAUAAUAUCAACAUUAUGGACAAUGACUGUUAGCACCUAUGGUGACCCAUCUCAACUCCAGGUGUUGCCUCUGGCAGCAGACUCGGCCAUUCCAUUGAGCGCUUGUACAGCAUUCAUCGUGCAGUCAUUUUACGCAUUUCGACUCUGGAAGUUGUCUAAAAAAGUUUACUUACCUAUCCUCUGCGAAAUGAUCUCACUCAUUGCAGGAAUUGCUACACUCAUUAUCUCAUCGAGAGCGUUCGAUAUGACAGACAUCACAAUUUUUGAAGACAGUCAAACUAUACUGAUUGCGCUCUCUCUCAUGGCACGUACAGUCUGUGACGUGAUCACCACCGUUGCCAUCACCUGGAGUCUAUACCACAAACGAGUCUCCGACUUUGAAAACACGACGACAUUAAUCGACCGAUUGAUCUAUUGGACUGUUGAAACUGGUCUGGCCACCAGGUAUUUAGCUGUUUCAUAAGGUGUUUCCAUCAAUGAUCUGUUAGUUUGAUGGCCGUUAUAGUAGGCAGUGUUGUUUCUAGCGAUGAAGAGUAGCUGUAAGUGUAUUUGUACCGCAUUUCACCACCGCUGAAAUC